AGGGGGCGUUACAGUUAGUGCUGUAGUGCAGUUACAUAAAAGUGUUCACUGCUCAGGAACUCGGAUCACUGGUGCAGAAGCAGGUCCUCCUUGUACAUCAAACGAAUUACUGCAGUAGUCCUCAAAGAAUAUAUUAUUUACAAUCAACCGACCUUUUAAAGGAACCUGCCUCUUAAACUCCUGGAGCAUCUGAAUUUCACUGUCAUCUGUUUCAGCAGGAAUCAUUUUAAAAGCUCAAAGAUGGCGGCUUCCUUGCUCAGGAUAGGACGACUUGGACCUCUCAAGUGUCUGCAUGCUGAAACCUGGAGCACUCUGAGAAGAGCUCCUGCAGCAGCGCUUCUCUGCACGAAAUCUGGUGGUCCCAAGAAGCCAUCCAAGAGGAGCUCAAAAAAAAACGAGUCCAAAACUUACUUCGAUAUAGAGAAACUUGUUCAGCACAGAACGUAUGUGGAUUUUCCCAAGAAAGAAGUUUCCCCAGCAGUAGUUGCUGCAGCAGCAGAAUCUGCUGCCACGUUUAAGCAUGCCAUUGAAGCCGUUACUGCUGAGCCCAUAGCUGUUGAAGGUGUAGCUGCUGCUUCAGCAGCUGAAAGUGCUGCCCCUUUGGCUGAAGUCCCUGCAGUUGCUGUUGACGCAACCGAGUCUGCUCCAGUAGUAAAAGCAGCUGCUCCUAUUGUUGAAGCUGUAGCUGCCCCAGCAGCUGUUGCUCCCGGUGCUGCCGAUGUCGCUCCAGCAGCUGAAGUCACUGCCCCAGCUGUUGAGCCUGGUAUUGAAGCUGCUAUACCUGCAGGUGAAGAAGCGCCAGUUGCUACUGAAGCGUCUACUGAAACUGCUGCCCAUGCUACUAAAGUUGCUCCAACGGCUGAAGCUGCUCCAGCUGCUGCAGCAGCUGUGCUUGAACCCGCUGCCCUUGCUGUUGAAGCUGUUGAAGCUGCCCCACAUCCUGCUGAUAUUGUUCCUGAACCCCCAACUGCACCUCAAGCCGCCCCCGCAGAAGCCGCCCCCGCAGAAGCCGCCCCCGCAGAAGCCGCCCCCGCAGAAGCAGCGGACGCAGAAGCCGCCCCCGCGGACGCAGAAGCCGCCCCCGCGGACGCAGAAGCCGCCCCCGCGGACGCAGAAGCCGCCCCCGCAGAAGCCGCCCCCGCGGACGCCGAAGCCGCCCCCGCGGACGCCGCUGAAGUUGCCGCUGAAGUUGCCGCUGAAGUUGCCGCUGAAGCUGAACCUGUACAAACGGUUGAUGCUGAAGCUGCCCCUGUUGAAGCUGCCCCUGGUGAAGCUGCCCCUGUUGAGGCUCCCCCUGCCGAGGCUGCUGCUGAAGUCAUAGCUGAAGCUGCCCCAGUGGAGAGCGCAGAGGAGCUUGUAGACCCCGCCUCAGUUGUGGCUGAAGCUGCUGGAGAGGAGCUGCAGGCAGAAGCCCAGGCGGAACCUGAACCGGUUGAGGCGUCAGAGGCUCAGUUGGACCCAAUUCAGAAACUCUUCCUUGAUUCAAUACGUGACUACUCCAACAAGAGCCAGGCUGCUGGUGGUUUGAUUGAUGCUGGUGCUGACUAUCAAAAAGCCUUAGGAGAGGAGUUGACUAAACUGCAGCGACUGUAUGGUGGUGGAGAUCUCACAGUUUUCCCAGAAUUCAAGUUCACAGAGCCCAAAUUGGAUGAAGUCUCCUCCAAGUGAAAACAGACAGUCAGCUUUCAGACGUUGCCUUUUCCUGUUUUAUGAAGUUGAAGUCCAGAUCAUUACCAACCGUAAUCAAGUCAAAGCUAAAACUCUUUCCAAUAAUUUUGUAUGUGGAAAUAUAACUGUUUUCAGUAAAUUGUCUAUCUUUGGGACUUAAAGACGUGUUGGAAGAUAGGAUGAUUUUUGAACUGUGAAAUAUGCUUUGUCUGAGUGAUGCAGAAAUGAGCUGAAUGUGGAAGUAAAUAAACUCAUCCAUAUUU